CACCAGGGAGCGAGAAAUAAAGGCAGAAGUCGGAAGAAGAGGAGAGAGAGAGACCUCCGGAGGGAAAACGAGUCCACGGCAGAAGACCAAAGAGAGAAGAGUGGUUUGCUGAUUACCACGAAGAAGAGAAUUCCCCGAAGAAUAUUUGCGGGCAAGGACGGACGGAUGUGCUUCCUCGAACCACGAUCUCCACCUCCCAAGUACACCAAGCCCUAGCACCGAUGGAAGUUAUUCUUUGGUUGAAGGGGAGGAAUCUACCAAAGCAACUGCAGUCCCUUUCACUAAGAAAACCAUCCUUUAUGAUCGACAUGGAUCCUUUUCAAUUAUCUGUUGAGGAGAUUAAAGCUGAGGAGUUGCGGCUGCUAAUUGCAUCACUGAUCCUUUUCAAUUAUCUGUUGAGGAGAUUAAAGCUAAGGAGUUGGAGCUGCUAAUAGCAUCACUAAGUAUAAGUUGUUGCCUCAUUUAAUAAAGAGUGAUUAACAUUGAGCUUAAGGCGGUUCCCUGGACCAUGCUUCAGUUGGCUCUGGGCCAAAAAGGUUGAGUGCAUCAUCACGAGGUCGGCCCUGGGGUUCAUCAUCUUCCAGCUGUAAGGAUUUUCUUCAGAAGUUUGUGGAUAGUGAGAUUUUGACGGCAAACCUCGAAGAUUGGUUUUCAGGAAUAUCUGAAGAAUCAGGUUUCAGAAAACCUGCCUUUGAUGUUCCUUUUGAGCUAACAGAACUUCAGAAGUUUGAUUAUGCUCUAGAAGGUGCUUCUUUUCAACAGCUGAUACGAAUGCCAAAUGCUCUCUAUGCAUCGACAUCGGAUGCUGUUGAAGCAACUGCACACCUUGCUAUUGAAGAUUUUCUACAUGCAAGUGUUAAGGGCUUGUUGGAGACCUUUUGGGGUCAUGAUGAACCUGUGCCUUUUUCAGUGGCCUGUAUACACAGUGCAAGUUCAAAAUUCUAUCCUGCUGAGAAGGCCAUUGCUAAUGGGAAGCUUGGAGGUCUUUGUGCGACAGCCAUAUUGCUCAAAAAUAGCCGGCGUUCUCAUGGGAAAUGGGAUCACAUUGUUGAAUUAGCUCUGCUCAGGCCUGAUAUUGGGAGUCUUUCAAUGCAGAGUAGCCAGUGGCCUUCCCAUGCUGUUCUGGGGGAAGCGCUGUUUUUUGCUCUCCGUGUUCUGUUAUCACGAAGCCUAAGCAGAUCAUCGACUAUUCUUCGCAAUUCAAAUUGUGUUUUUGUGCUUCUUGUAGAUUCACAGUAUGGUGGCGUGGUAAAGGUUGAGGGUGAUGUGAGCAAGUUGGACUUCGAUGUUAAUAAUGUUUAUGAAUGUGCAGCUGGAUGGAUAAAGCAACAUGCCACAAUUACUGUUUCUCCCAUUGAUAGGAUUUGGAACAAGCUUGGGAAUGCCAAUUGGGGAGAUAUUGGAACUCUACAGGUUCUUCUCGCAACUUUUCACUGUAUCAUUCAGUUUUGUGGAAUGCCAAAGUAUUCGCUUGGAGAUUUAGCUACAGAGCAUAGUUCCCGUCUACAGAGUCGUAGAACGGAAAGGCAUUUGGUAGAAACACAUAUUAAUGGAAAUAGUAUGCUAUUUUUCCAGCAACGCUGUCAUUCCUCCGAAAUUGUUGAGGUCCAGGAGGAAUCUGUAAAAUUUGGGUCUGAAGGAACCCUGAAGCUAGAAAAAGAAUCGGUUUUGUGGAUGGAGGACUCAAACUGGCAGAAGGGUUUCCAGAUUAAUGACGUGUUAACUGAUGGUGAACUUCCAGUUUAUAUUGCCGCUCCUGUGGAAGAACCAGGAAAGACACUUUUAUUAUAUGUCGGCUCUAGUCCUACUCACUUGGAACCUGCAUGGGAGGACAUGAAUUUGUGGUACCAGGUUCAGAGGCAGUCUAAAGUAUUGACUUCAAUGAAACAGAGGGGCUUGUCCAGCAAGUACCUUCCCCAAGUGGUUGCAUCUGGACGGAUAAUUCAUCCCGGCGAAUGUAACAAACCGAGCUCUGGUGGUAACUGUGGUCAUCCAUGGUGUGGCACCCCGAUCCUAGUUAUCUCUCCCGUUGGUAAGACAGUUUCCAAUUUGAUAAGAAAUGGUUUAUUUGGUCCUGAGGAAGCUCUCAGGUGCUGCCAUGAUUGUCUGUCUGCCCUUGCAACUGCAUCCUCAGCUGGAAUCAGGCAUGGUGACAUCCAUCUGGAGAAUGUGAUUUGUGUGAGCGAUGGUGCAAGGCAUCCCUUUUUUGUACUGAUUGGGUGGGGUCAUGCGGUUCUGGAAGAGAGGGACCGUCCAUCGAUGAAUCUUUUCUUCUCUUCUACUUAUGCCCUUCAGGAAGGCAAACUAUGUGCAGCAUCAGAUGCAGAGAGUCUAAUCUAUCUGCUGUACUUUUCAUGUGGUGGUGUAUUCCCGGAGCUGGAUUCAGUUGAAGGGGCACUUCAGUGGCGGGAAGUGUCAUGGUCAAAAAGGGUUAUACAGCAGAAGCUGGGAGAAGUGUCAGCAGUGCUGAAAGCCUUUGCUGAUUAUGUGGACAGCCUCUGUGGGACUCCAUACCCAAUGGACUAUGAGAUAUGGUUGAGAAGGUUGAGAAGAACAAUCAAUGAAGAUCAUGGGAAGGAAAUUGAUGUGGCAAGUUAGAUCGACAAAAAUGAGCUUCAAGGUGGAAGGUUGUCCCCUUCUAAAUGUGUGUCAUCAUCACUGCCUGCUUUUUUGGAUUGUUCAAGGUCUUCCAAGUAUCUGUACUUCAGCAGUCAAUAUAUGACUUGUUCAGAAGUUUGAAAGGGUUCCAAUUACUUCCAAAUAUUUAAUGACCGAAGAUCAUCAAUUGAAGUAAGGGCUUUCAAGAUUCCAGAGGCUCCGUUAAUCUCUUCAAGGAUCAUCACACAUAUCUGCUGUUAUCUGCAUUUUCUGGAAUUUGUCGAGUUCCAAGUGUCUCGAUGAGAUUUCCAGUUGACAUGACCAUUUGGAAGGUUCUGGGGCAGGGUUCUUUUGAGCUAAUUGCUGAUCGCAUGAACUGCUUUAUGGAGGCCAGUGGCUACUGUGUUCUUAGAUUUUGGAUGAUUCAUUCCUUUUUAGCUCAGGCAUUCUCAUAUUAUCUUGGCGAACCAUUUUGGAUUUGUUUGGAUUAGCUCCAAAGAACAGGCCCCCUUCCAUCUUGAGUUGACUUCCUGAACUUUGGAUGGUCUGUGGUUUGGACAAGUUUCUUGUGAUUAAAUUUGUUUUCACUAUUUAUUUGUCUUGGGAAAGAGUAACUGGAGUGAUUUGUGGAUGAGUUUCUUUUUUUUUUGUGUGUUUUUUGUUGUUUUUGAGGGGUAUUCGAUCAUUCAACUCGUGUGCCGAUCAGAAGCACAGCCCCCAUUUCUGUAAAUUGUUCUCUUGUUUGAAGUUUCCAAGCUGUGGCUGGCUUGGUUUGGAUCAGCAGGAGCAAUCAUUUAGAGCAUGUUUGGCAGCUCUAUGAAUGAUGUGCUUAUAAAUUUCGUUUUAUUUUUGUUAUUUAACAGCUAUAUGAAUGAUGAGCUCAUAAAAUUUCCUUUUUA